AUGGCCGCCCAACACGCAUCCUUCUCGACGCCCUUUGGCCAGCGGGCCGACACCGCCGCCCACCCACUGACGGCCUAUCUCUACCGGCUGAUGGUGGCCAAGGCAUCCAACCUCUGCCUCAGCGCCGACGUGUCUACAGCCCGCGAGCUGCUCCUGCUGGCCGACCGUGUGGGCCCGUCGAUCGUCGUGCUCAAGACCCACUACGACAUCGUCUCAGGCUGGGACUACAACCCGCAGACAGGCACGGGCGCGCAGCUGGCCGCACUGGGCCGCAAGCACGGCUUCCUCCUGUUUGAGGACCGCAAGUUUGCCGACAUUGGCAAGACGGCGCAGCAGCAGUACACGGCCGGCACGGCACGCAUCAUCGAGUGGGCGCACCUGGUGACGGUCAACAUGGACGCCGGUGCCGCCGCGGUGACGGCGCUGGCUGACGCAGCCGCCCACUGGCGCGAGCGCAUCCACUACGAGGUCAAGACGUCCGUGACGGUCGGCACGCCGGUACUGGAGAGCUACGAGGACGCCGGCAACAGCGGCAACGGCAGCGGGAGCGGCGAUAUUACAGGCUUUCACGGCGACAGCGAUUCGCUCUCGCAGCUGGACGGCGAGCACACCUUCCCACCGCUGCCGGAACACGGCCGGGCGAUGGACGGACGCAAGAGCAGCAUCGUAUCGAUCACGACGGCCGUGACGCAGCACUUUGAGCCGGUCGAGUCGCCGCGGCUUCCGCGCGAGAACAACAACAGCUCGAGCAACAGCCUGAGCGGCGGCUGUGGUCGCGGCGGCCGCGGCUCGACCUCGUCGGCAUCCGGAUGCGGCUGCAACAUGAACAACAUCAGCAUACCGGAGGACGGACCGGCCGAGAGCAGCAUGGAGGUAGCACACAACGACAGCUCGGUGUACGAUGGCCUCGAGGAGGCGCCGCUGGAACGCGGGAUCCUCUUGUUGGCCCAGAUGUCGUCCAAGGGCAACCUGAUGACGCCGGCGUACACGCAGGCCUGCGUGGAAGCGGCACGGGCGCACACCGGCUUCGUGGCCGGCUUCAUCGCGCAGCAGAACCUCAACGUGCUGCCAGACGACACGUUCAUACACCUGACGCCGGGUUGCAAGUUGCCGUCGCCCGAGGAGGAGCGGGCGGCCGACAACACAGCCAGUACGCUGGCCGGCGAUGGACUCGGCCAGCAGUACAACACGCCGGCUAAGCUGGUCGGCGUCUGCGGCUCAGACAUUGUCAUUGUUGGCCGCGGCAUCGUCAACGCGGCCGACCCGCCGUCGGAGGCGGAACGGUACCGGCGGAGGGCCUGGAAGGCGUAUCUGGCGCGGCUGAAGGAGGACUGA